AUGCAGACCCACGGUGUGCCAUUUGCGCCAGACCCUACGCGUCAGUCUGCGAAUCGACUACGGGUACCGACGGUGGCGACGAACCCCGCAGCGCAGGUGCCGCCACCGGCCCCACCGCAGGGCCCGCACCACGACACCACGGUGUACCAGGAAGCACGACCCGCUGGCGACUUGCGCGUGCCGCGGGAAACCUGGAACUUGCAGGCUGGGAGCCUCGAGAACACCUUCAAUGCUGGGGGCGCUUGGCAACCUCUGCAAAGUGAGGCAGUUGGUGCCCCCGGCGCGUUCUUCGAGCCGGUGUCAUCGGCGGCGGCCCGUGAUAUUGGCUUCAGUAACGUAAGACUGCGUUCGGAUAGCGCUGCUUACCAGCAACACGGGAAGAACAUUUACGGACAGCAGUAUUGGAACCAAAUGUUUGGCAGUGGUCAAGCCCUGACUUCCAUGGUGAGUCAGUUUGCUCGCGUGGCAUGGAUGAACAUGAGCGGCACAUCGCCGCAGGCAACCCAGGGAGCCAGCGUGUCUCCGGAUGCCGGCAUCUGUCCACAGAGUUGGGCGUUUUACGGAAUCCCAAAAGUUUAUUUUCAGGUCGAUGUGGGAUACGUCAUGCGAAAGCUGUUGAUUCUGUUUUUCCCUUUCUACCACCGGUCCUGGUCUCGAAAACGAAAACCGAUCGAUCCGUUUGUGAACCCGAUGGACCCGGAUGCAGCUAUCCAGCAUACGACGCAGCGCUUGCUUCCACCGAGCGAGGACCCGAAUGCACCCGAUCUAUACAUUCCAGCGAUGUCGUUCGUAACCUAUGUGCUGCUUGUCGGCUUGCUGCGUGGAGCGGAGGGCAAGUUUACGCCUCAAGCUAUGGGCGAAUGGGCAUCGAUGGGCCUAAUUGUCAUCGUUUUGGAGGUGUUGCUCAUCCGUGUGGCGCUCUUCCUAGCGCAGGGUCCGUCGGUGCCAUGGUUCGAUCUGAUCGCAUAUUCGGGGUACAAGUUCGCGGGGCUCGCCUUUGCGACCGCGUCUACGCUUUUGGCUUCACGGCUCACGCAUGGUCGAACUUAUGUGUCAUUAGCAGUGUUGCUCUAUGUCUCCCUGAUGAUGGGUCUAUUCUUACUUCGCUCAUUCAGAAGACUGCUCCGUUCGGAGAAUCCAAGCGGGGAUAUGUCAACGAUGGCGGCAUACGAUCCGACAUCAUGGGACACUCAGCAAGCUCGACGCAACUAUGUGCUGCUCUUCAUCGCGCUGUUGCAAAUCCCCAUCUAUUUGCUUCUUGGCGUGCAAACCUGGCGUCAUUUAUAG